GUGUCUGUAGGUAGGGUGAGCGAUGGGGUUCUUAUUGGAAUGCAACAUUACAUCCUUAUAAUUAGAUUAUCAGGCGUUUAAACAUUUGAGAGUAAUAAGUAUUAUUAAUCAUUAUGAAACAGUACAACCCCUAAACAGUCCUGGUCACUUCUGGGGGACAGACAGUGUUUGGGGAACCCCCCAAAAGGCUUGGACCAGCCUUAGCAACAGACUACAUUUAAUAUUUAACAUCUUAGAAAUAAGUACAUUUAAAAUAGCAGCACACAAAAAAAUAAAAACAGGAACAAGCGCAACGAAGCGUAUCGCGGAGUGGCACCAACUAAGCAGCCAGGCUACGUAGUGGCUAGCAUUAGCCAGACAGUUGUUGAUAUUGCAGGCAAAGCGUGACAUUUUAACACUUUUAAGCAUUAUUAGUUUUCCAAUGGCAAUUUUCCAGUGGCGUAAACGCUAAAAAACCAUAUUGUGCCAGGAGGCUAGCGCAAUAAACACGGCAGCCGAACACAGGCCGCAAAUGGAACCAGGGACGUCGCGUGAAAAUCCGAACGGUGCGGGGUUCCCUAAACCCGCCGGUCCACGAGAGGAGACUCCGGGGAAAGAGGCGGAAGGAGGAGAGGUGAGCACCGUGAUGUUGAAGCGAAGAAAAGCGGAUGAAGACACCGCGGAGGAGAUGAAAGCGCAAUGUGAGGAUGAACCUGAGCACCAGAUUACAACCGGAGGGGAAGAUGAUGCCGGCAAACAUGAGGAGGAAUUGGACCCAAGAAUUCAGGAGGAGCUGGAGCAGCUCAACCAGGCUAGUGAUGAGAUCAACAAGCUAGAGCUGCAGCUGGAUGAUGCCAGGUCCAGCUACAGGAGGAUCCUUACUGAUUCUGCUAGGAAGCUCAAUGCUCAGGGCUCCCAGCUUGGUGCAUGCAUUGAGAAAGCAAGGCCCUACUAUGAAGCUCGCAGACUCGCCAAAGAGGCUCAACAUGAGACCCAGAAGGCUGCUCUGAGAUAUGAGAGGGCUGUGUCCAUGCACACUGCUGCCAGAGAGAUGGUGUAUGUCGCAGAGCAGGGCCUCCUGGCUGACAGGAACACCAUGGACCCGACCUGGCAAGAGAUGCUUAACCACGCCACUGCUAAGGUGAACGAGGCGGAGGAGGAACGCCUCCGCAGUGAGCGGGAGCACCAGCGAGUAACACAGCUCUGCCAGGAAGCCGAAGCUCGAGUCCAGACCCUCCAGAAAGCCCUGAAGAAGGUCAUCCUCAAGUCCAAGCCUUACUUUGAACUCAAGGCUCAAUUCAAUCACAUUCUGGAGGAACAUAAGGCUAGAGUAGUACAGCUGGAGGAGCGAGUUGCAAAAGUAAAAACACGUUACUCUGUGGCCCUGCGGAACCUGGAGCAGAUCAGCGAGCAGAUCCACGCACAGAGGGGGCGCAUCAGGGCCAGCAGGGGGCCUCCUGCAGUCUGCGGGGGGCGGAGCUCACCUGUAGGUGCUGAGGCUGAGGUCAGAGCCGCCAUUGGGAUUCACAUCGGGAGUAGCUGUGUGGGAGUUGGCGGAAUAGAGAGCAACUGGCCGGACGGCGAGAAAACCAGGCUGUGGGUGGAGAGGCACAGAGAGAGUGGCUGGGGCCAGAGGGAGCGGCAGGAGGCGGAGCAGGCCCACUCAGACUGCAUGUCAGUCAUCAGCCUGCAGACCAUCGCCUCUGACCUGGAGAAGUGUGACUCGGUGGAGCAUCUCGGUGACCUGAGCGACGCUGGGAGCGUGUUGGGUGAUGAGUGGGACCGUGAGAGGAAGCUUAUUGAGAGGCCAGUCAGCAAGGAGGUAGUGACAGAGGGGCCCCAGCAGGAACGGGAAGCGGUUAAUAAAGAGAAGCAGGAGAGCUUCAUCAAGCAGCACAACAGAAGUGUUAGUCUAUGAUAGUCAGAAGGAGGAGGAAGAUGAUGAGGACUGAGGAUCAUGAUGAGCUGAGGUUCUGGACACUAAUACAUCUCUACAGCAGCAAUAAACAGAGAGCAGUCCUGCAGAGAGCACUGCCUCCCCUCACAAGUGUCUGAUCCAGUCUGUUGCUCUACAUGCUGAAACGUGAACAAAAGUGCAUGAAACAAAGCAGGCUGAGGAAAACUAAUCACUGUCGCGUGGGCAGUUAACAAACAAUGUAAAUUCAUGCGUCUGGUUUUUAAUGUCCCCGCAGACAAUUAAAAAAAGUAGUUUUCUGUGUUGACAUGGUAUCAACUUGUUUUUGGGAUGGACAAAUGUGCCUCUUGUUUAAAGGGUCAUUCUAGUUUGUUAUAACUCUGGUUUUAUUGUAGCUUUAGCCAUCAUUUCUAUCAGCUAUAAUAACACUGGAUAUACUAAAGUAACUAUUGAGGUCUGCGAACAUGGAAACAUGAGCAAUCAUAUGAUUGUAAACAAGAAAACUGUUUAUCCAGAUUAGCAAAAGUCAAAAGUGAGUUAACCUGAAAUGUCGCUAAUAAUCCAUUAUUAGUGAAACUGUGUGUGCACAAGUACGUUAUGUAUGAUAGAUCAAGUUGUAAACUAUGUGGUAGUGGUACUGGUGUAGACUCAAGAGUUUUGGAGACAUCUCUCUGCGCUCGGCCUCAACCAAUCACAGACACACCAGGACCCGGCUGGACCACACAUUUACAUACUGCAACCCUUCUGGUUUUGGUUGUCUAAGAUACAGUAACUACUAGACAUUGAAGUGAGCUAAUGUAAGCUUUAUUUGACCAAGCAACACCAGUGUUUGCUCAUGGUGAAGACCCACUGGGUGCUGGGUUAAGGGUUAAGGGUAACUCUCCAUAAAAGCAUAUAUUUAAGUAUACACUCUUUGGAUUGGCACAUCCCAGCUACCUUGACGACUGUUCUGUCUCACCUUUGUCUUGUUACAAAGAUGGGGAAUGUUGAUGCGGGGUUUUGUUUCCGACCUGUCUGCUCAUGUUUCUUAAUUGAUGAAUGAAGUAAUGAUGAUCAAAACUAUAAAAAUAACAUAAGAUACUUAAUAACAUCAUCUGGAUAAACCCUACAAAUGGCUCAAAGAUUACAGACCUUGUCUUCUCUCACUAGACAAGUAUUUUUAUUUAAAAAUAAUACGGCCAAAUACCAGUUUUCCAUUGCCUUAAGUGACUGUAGCCAUAUGGCUUCAGUUGUAUAUAUUAAUUUGUAAAUAUGUACUGAUAAAAUCAUUAACAAGGGAAGUUUGAUGGAGGUUUUGUUGUGCUGCAGAGAAAUGAACCAUCAGUAGUAACUGUCACAAAAUUAACUUUACUAAAGUCUAAAGUCUUUAUGCUAAGCUAGGCUAACCUCCUGACUCCCGCUCUGUACUUAACAGACAGACAAGAGAUUGAUAUCUAUCUGAACUCUUACAAAGCAAAGGCCCACUGUAUUUCCCAUCAUGGUGAACUAUUUAAUAUAUACAAUUGUAACAUCAAUAAAGGUCCAAUAUCAGCCUGACAUGUUGGGGAACUGUUUUAUCAGCGUAAUCCAAAUUUAAUUUUGUACUUUAAAAUGAUGUUGUUUUUAAAUGUUCUA